GGAAUCAAAUAUUCAACGAAAAAAAUAAAAAUAAAUAAUAUAUAUCUAUAUAUAUAUAUACAUAUAUAUAUAUGUGUGUGUGUACAUAUAAAAAUAUAUAUUUAAUAACGUUAUUUUUACGAGUAUUGUAUGUCUGUACCUAAAUUGUUAAAUUAAGCUUAAGUUGUUAUUAUUUCUUGCUAUAAAAAUGGUUGUAACUGAGAAUAUUAUUCUUCCUAAUGAUAAUGAAUUGAAUGUUCAAGAAGUUAAUUUGACUUUUCCUGUAUUACAAGCUGCUGCAUUUCACUUAGGGAAAUAUUGUGAAUCAAAAAAUAAUGAAUUCAUGUUAUGCAAAGAUGAAGAAGAUGAUCCACGACGAUGUAUCACCGAAGGAAAGGUUGUCACUGCGUGUGCUCUCGAAUUUUUCAAAAAAAUUAAAAAACAUUGUCAAGAUGAAUUUAGUCAAUAUUAUAAUUGCAUCGACAAAUCAAGUGGAGAAUCAGCGUUUUCACCAUGCCGUAAAACACAAGAAAUAUUUGAUAAAUGUGUAUUAGAUAAUAUGAAUAUUGAAAGGCCAUCUUUUGGAUAUUUUUGUGAAGUAAAGAUUCAUGAUUCCUUACGGACAAAACCAAAAUCAAACGUUGCUAUGUAUCCUGAUGCUGCAGUUCCAUUAUCGCCUGAAGAGCCAUUACUAUCACCUAAAUAUAACUCACGAAGAAUUUGGGUUCAAUAAUCAACUAAUUAUUGUUGGUUCAAUUAGACAGAACGUAGUGUCGAAAUAUUUCAUUGUAUAAUAAAGUUUAAUUGUAGCUUUAAAGGAAAUUAAAUACCAUAAUAAUUUGGAAGAUAUGAACAUAACAAAAAUGAAAUGAAUAAAUUCUAAUGAA